AGAUUUUUUUAAAAAUUCAAAUAAAAAUAACUUUAUAUUGGCAGAGAAUAAAACAGACAAGUAAUUGAAUCUGGAGGUUGAGAAAAAUAGAUCUCAAUACAGUUGAGGCAAAAAUAGAAAAUUAAAUACAUUUUACAGAAAUAAAUCACAGUUGAAAGAACAUUAUGAAGAAAUCAGGAAUCAGUGUUUUUGUAAGAAGGAAGGCGGGUCAGAGCCAAAAGUUGUGCUGUUGUUUGUGUUUUUAUGCAUAUGAGCCGCAGGCAGGUGGUAGUUAGGGUGUGUUUGCAUGAGGGUGUGUGAGGUGAACAUGUGUCUGUGUGUCCUUUGACAGUUAAGGGACGCAAUACUUUAAAGUUAGAACCUGUUUGUCUGCUUUGAGACCAGUAUUCGUCCAACUGUCUGGCGCUCCUUUCCUCAGUCACAGCCUGCAGAUCAAACAGCAUGGGCUGAUAGCUCUGUGAUCAAACUCUGGGACAUAUCUUUCACAACACAGAAGCCCGGACAGCUUCGAAAACAUCUGCCUGAUGGACCCUGAGGUUUAGUCAAAGAGGAUUUUUCAAUGCAACUGUGACAAAGACACCGCGAUCAUGCCCACACACCGCAGGGGGAGGAGCCUCUCUGAGGGUUUGACCCUGGAGCGAUCAGAGGAUGGUGGAGUGGUGAUAUCCAGCAUUAAUGACGGUGCCUGGUCCAAUCAGGGAAUAAUGGAAGGGGACGGACUGUUAGGAGCAACAAUCAAUUCUGAUCAACUGCCAUAUGAUGACAAGAUAAAAGUCCUCAAAAGGAACAAAAGCAGGAGCGUCGGAAAUCUGUUUGAGGGUACCAAGAGUCCCGAGACGAUACUGAAUGAUUCCUACAGCAAACUCUACAAUGCCAAAAUCAAGAAGUUUAUGAAAGGUGACUUUCCUAGUGCUGAUGAUGUUGAUGUGACUGGGGAGCCGACUACUAUUCCAACUGUACAAAGCUCAUCCAAGGCCGACCUAAAGCAGGAUUCCGGGUUGCCUCGUCUUGGAGUCGACUUUGGACUUCUGAAAACCAAGAAAUUUAGCACAGAUAUUCAUGGGGAUUCUUAUUAUGGUGAUGCAGUAGAACUAUCAAAUGGUAGCAAUCUGAAUCUUCCACCAAUGGGUCUUGGUAUGAAUAGAACUUCUCCAGAAAUAGGUCAGGACUUAAAAGGUUCAGGUGUUGGGCCCCCUGAACUGGGAAUAGUCCAAAAUGGGGGAAAUAUCACAGGCAAAAGGGAAGCUGGUGUUGAAACCCCUGAACUAAGGCUCAAAACACCACAGGUAAAAGAAAGGAUUUGUGCACCUGAUUUACCAAAAGUUGACCUUAAAGGGCCAAAUUUAGUCUCUGACUCUUCAUCGGUUGGCAUCAAGAGCCCAUCUGGGAAAUACCAGGCUCCUAAGUUUUCAAUGCCCAAAUUUGAUUUACCAGACAUGCAAGUUCCAGAUUAUGCCUUUAAAACUCCAGACAUGGAUGUAUCUGGACAGAAGUUUAAAGAAGGUGUACCAAACAUAAAUCUUAAAGCUCCAAAUUUAGACCUUCAUUCAUCAGGUGGUCUUGAUGUAGAUUUGCCAAAGCCAGAGUUUGACAUUGAUGCACCUUCCCUUGCUCUCAAAGGCCCAAAAUCAGAGCUGAAAAUGCCAGAUCUAGAUGUUAAACAUCCAAAGAUGAAGAUGCCUAAAUUUGGUCUUCCAAGCUUCAAAGGACCUGAAAUUGAUGGGGAAUUAGAUGGCCCAAAGUUGGCUAUCAAUACACCCAAAGUCAAUCUCAAAGCUCCCAAAGGUGAUUUAGAAAUACCAGAUUUUGAUAUGUCUGGUCCAUCAGGAAAAUUCAAAAAGCCAAACUUGAACCUGCCUGAUUUUGGCCUUUCUGGACCAAAGUUAGAUGGCCCAAACUUGAACCUCAAAUCACCUAACCUAGAUCUCUCUAGUCCAAAUCUCAGUGGUGGAAUAAAUGCACCAGACAUAAAUAUGCCCACAGUUGAUCUCAAAAGCCCUAAACUGGAUCGAAACACUCCAAAGCUAAACUUGGACAUGCCAUCAGGUAAACUGAAAAUGCCAGAGCUAAAUGCUCCAGACUGGGAUGUUAACGCUCCCUCAGGGAAAUUUAAAAUGCCUAAAUUCAAGAAGCCAAAAUUUGGUCUUCCGAGCCUGAAAGGACCUGAGAUUGAUGGGGACUUAAAUGUUCCAGUGGUUGAUGUAAAUGCUCCCAAAGUCAAUCUCAAAGGUCCUAAAGGUGAUUUAGAAAUGCCAGAUUUUGAUAUUGCUGGUCCAUCAGGAAAAUUCAAAAAGCCAAACUUGAACCUGCCUGAUUUUGGCCUUUCUGGACCCAAAUUAGAUGCCCCGAACUUGAACCUCAAAUCACCUAACCUAGAUCUCUCUAGUCCAAAUCUCAGUGGUGGAAUAAAUGCACCAGACAUAAAUAUGCCCACAGUUGAUCUCAAAAGCCCUAAACUGGAUCUAAACACUCCAAAGCUAAACUUGGACAUGCCAUCAGGUAAACUGAAAAUGCCAGAGCUAAAUGCUCCAGACUGGGAUGUUAACGCUCCCUCAGGGAAAUUUAAAAUGCCUAAAUUCAAGAAGCCAAAAUUUGGUCUUCCGAGCCUGAAAGGACCUGAGAUUGAUGGGGACUUAAAUGUUCCAGUGGUUGAUGUAAAUGCUCCCAAAGUCAAUCUCAAAGGUCCUAAAGGUGAUUUAGAAAUGCCAGAUUUUGAUAUUGCUGGUCCAUCAGGAAAAUUCAAAAAGCCAAACUUGAACCUGCCUGAUUUUGGCCUUUCUGGACCCAAAUUAGAUGCCCCGAACUUGAACCUCAAAUCACCUAACCUAGAUCUCUCUGGUCCAAAUCUCAGUGGUGGAAUAAAUGCACCAGACAUAAACAUGCCCACAGUUGAUCUCAAAAGCCCUAAACUGGAUCUAAACACUCCAAAGCUAAACUUGGACAUGCCAUCAGGUAAACUGAAAAUGCCAGAACUAAAUGCUCCAGACUGGGAUGUAAACGCUCCAUCAGGCAAAUUGAAAAUGCCUAAAUUCAAUCUUACAGGUUCAUUACCAAAAGGACCAAAUUUGGACCUAAAUGCAGAUCUAAAGUCACCAGAUUUUAGUUUAAAAGCUCCAAAGAUUAAGGGUGGACUUAAUGCCCCCGAUGUGAACCUACCAAACAUGGACCUUAAUGCUCCAAAAUUUGACAUGAAUACUCCAGAUGUCAACAUUGGUUCACCCAAAGGGAAAUUUAAAAUGCCCAAAAUGAAGAUGCCAAAAUUUGGUUUUCCGAGCCUGAAAGGACCUGAGAUUGAUGGGGACUUAGAUGUUCCAGUGGUUGAUGUAAAUGCUCCCAAAGUCAAUCUCAAAGGUCCUAAAGGUGAUUUAGAAAUGCCAGAUUUUGAUAUUGCUGGUCCAUCAGGAAAAUUCAAAAAGCCAAACUUGAACCUGCCUGAUUUUGGCCUUUCUGGACCAAAGUUAGAUGGCCCGAACUUGAACCUCAAAUCACCUAACCUAGAUCUCUCUGGUCCAAAUCUCAGUGGUGGAAUAAAUGCACCAGACAUAAACAUGCCCACAGUUGAUCUCAAAAGCCCUAAACUGGAUCUAAACACUCCAAAGCUAAACUUGGACAUGCCAUCAGGUAAACUGAAAAUGCCAGAACUAAAUGCUCCAGACUGGGAUGUUAACGCUCCCUCUGGGAAAUUGAAAAUGCCUAAAUUCAAUCUUAAGGGUACAUUACCAAAAGGACCAAAUUUGGACCUAAAUGCAGAUCUAAAGUCACCAGAUUUUAGUUUAAAAGCUCCAAAGAUUAAGGGUGGACUUAAUGCCCCCAAUGUUAACUUACCAAACAUGGACUUGAAGGGUCCAAAAUUUGACAUGAAUACUCCAGAUGUCAACAUUGGUUCACCCAAAGGGAAAUUUAAAAUGCCCAAAAUGAAAAUGCCAAAAUUUGGUUUUCCGAGCCUGAAAGGACCUGAGAUUGAUGGGGACUUAGAUGUUCCAGUGGUUGAUGUAAAUGCUCCCAAAGUCAAUCUCAAAGUUCCUAAAGGUGAUUUAGAAAUGCCAGAUUUUGAUAUUGCUGGUCCAUCAGGAAAAUUCAAAAAGCCAAACUUGAACCUGCCUGAUUUUGGCCUUUCUGGACCAAAGUUAGAUGGCCCGAACUUGAACCUCAAAUCACCUAACCUAGAUCUCUCUGGUCCAAAUCUCAGUGGUGGAAUAAAUGCACCAGACAUAAACAUGCCCACAGUUGAUCUCAAAAGCCCUAAACUGGAUCUAAACACUCCAAAGCUAAACUUGGACAUGCCAUCAGGUAAACUGAAAAUGCCAGAACUAAAUGCUCCAGACUGGGAUGUAAAUGCUCCAUCAGGCAAAUUGAAAAUGCCUAAAUUCAAUCUUACAGGUUCAUUACCAAAAGGACCAAAUUUGGACCUAAAUGCAGAUCUAAAGUCACCAGAUUUUAGUUUAAAAGCUCCAAAGAUUAAGGGUGGACUUAAUGCCCCCGAUGUGAACUUACCAAACAUGGACCUUAAUGCUCCAAAAUUUGACAUGAAUACUCCAGAUGUCAACAUUGGUUCACCCAAAGGGAAAUUUAAAAUGCCCAAAAUGAAGAUGCCAAAAUUUGGUCUUCCGAGCCUGAAAGGACCUGAGAUUGAUGGGGACUUAAAUGUUCCAGUGGUUGAUGUAAAUGCUCCCAAAGUCAAUCUCAAAGGUCCUAAAGGUGAUUUAGAAAUGCCAGAUUUUGAUAUUGCUGGUCCAUCAGGAAAAUUCAAAAAGCCAAACUUGAACCUGCCUGAUUUUGGCCUUUCUGGACCAAAGUUAGAUGGCCCGAACUUGAACCUCAAAUCACCUAACCUAGAUCUCUCUAGUCCAAAUCUCAGUGGUGGAAUAAAUGCACCAGACAUAAACAUGCCCACAGUUGAUCUCAAAAGCCCUAAACUGGAUCUAAACACUCCAAAGCUAAACUUGGACAUGCCAUCAGGUAAACUGAAAAUGCCAGAACUAAAUGCUCCAGACUGGGAUGUUAACGCUCCAUCAGGCAAAUUGAAAAUGCCUAAAUUCAAUCUUAAGGGUACAUUACCAAAAGGACCAAAUUUGGACCUAAAUGCAGAUCUAAAGUCACCCGAUUUUGGUUUAAAAGCUCCAAAUAUUGAGGGGGGACUUAAUGCCCCCAAUGUGAACCUACCAAACAUGGACUUGAAGGGUCCAAAAUUUGACAUGAAUACUCCAGAUGUCAACAUUGGUUCACCCAAAGGGAAAUUUAAAAUGCCUAAAUUCAAGAUGCCAAAAUUUAGUUUUCCGAGCCUGAAACGACCUGAGAUUCAUGGUCCUAAAGGUGAUUUAGAAAUGCCAGAUUUUGAUAUUGCUGGUCCAUCAGGAAAAUUCAAAAAGCCAAACUUGAACCUGCCUGAUUUUGGUCUUUCUGGACCAAAAUUAGAUGGCCCGAACUUGAACCUCAAAUCACCUAACCUAGAUCUCUCUGGACCAAAUCUCAGUGGUGGAAUAAAUGCACCAGACAUAAAUAUGCCCAAACUGGAUCUCAAAAGCCCUAAACUGGAUCUAAAUACUCCAAAGCUCAACUUGGACAUGCCAUCAGGUAAACUGAAAAUGCCAAAACUAAAUGCAGAUCUAACGUCACCAGAUUUGAGUCUCAAAGCCCCAAAGAUUAAGGGUGGGCUUGAUGCCCCUGACUUGAACUUGCCAAACGUGGAUCUCAAAGUUCCAAAGUUAGACAUGAAUACUCCAGAUCUUAACAUUGGUUCACCGAAUUCUAAGCUAAAAAUGCCCAAAUUAAAAAUGCCUGAAGUUAAUCUACCAAACCUUAAAGGACCUGGUGGAAAUUUUGAUGGCCCAGAUAUGGACAUCAAUUCACCUAACAUCAACCUCAAAGGAUCCAAGCCUAGGUUUGAAGUCCCAGAUGUUGAUUUCGGAAGCCCAUCGGCCACACUUAAAAAGCCACAUUUGAAAAUGCCUGACAUAGGGUUUUCUGGUCCGAAGUUAGAUAACCCCAAUUUUCACAUCAAGUCACCAGAUCUUAAUGCCAAAUUACCGAAAGGACCAAAUUUAGAUUUUAAUCCAGACCUGAAAACUCCAGAUUUUAAUCUCAAAACCCCAAAGUUUAAAGGGGGAAUGAAUGCACCCAAGUUAGACUUACCAAACAUGGAUCUUAAAGCUCCAAAGUUAGAUAUGAGCACGCCAGAAGUCACCUUGGGUCUUCCUGAUUCAAAGUUCAAAAAGCCUAAAAUCAAGAUGCCAAAAGGCCCCAACUUUGACAUAAAUGGUGACCUUGAGGUGCCCGACCUGCAUAUGCCGAAGGUCAAUCUUAACAGUCCAAGAGGAAAAGUAAAAAUGCCAAAUUUAAAUGUGCCAGACCUCAAUUUAUCUGGGCCUAAUGCAGGAAUACCAGAUAUGAAUCUUUCAGGGCCUAGAGUAAAGGGUCCUGGUAUAAGUGUGCCAGACUUAGAUAUGCCUGAGGCAAGGUUUAAAGGUCCCAAACUAGCCUUAAAUACAAAAAAUCCUAAUCUAGGAAUAAAUGGCAAAAUAGGCCAACCAGACAUGAAUUUUGGUGCCCCUCAAGUCAGAGGAGUAAGAGGAAUAAGAGGCCCAGACUUUGGUAGGGGGUCUGCUAUUGACUUUGAUGCUGCACUGAGAUCUAAAAAUCUGGAUAUUACUCCUCCAAAUACAAAACUGAACAUGAAACCCAGACAGCUGCAAGGAAAGGUUAGUUCUCCUAACAUGGACCUCAACAUGCCUAUGCGAAAUCCACAAAUGCAUCUCAGAUCACCAAAUUUUAACAUUGAUGAUUCCUCACGAAAUUUCAGAGGAUCUUUGUAUGAGAAUCGCAGAUCACAUAUCCCAGGGGUAAACAUGAAAAUGCCUGACCUGGAUGUUGAUGGAGAUGCCAGAUUUGGGUACAGUGAUGCAAGGUCACCAAGGGCAAAAGCAAGGUCCAGCUACCCCAUGGUGGAUCCUCGUUUUGGCACCCAUAUUGAUUUCAACCGUUCAGAUCUCAAUAUUGAUGAUUUUACAGGAAAGGAUCAUGUGCUUAGGGCUAGAGGUUCAACACUAAACCACCAGGGAUCACAUAACCAUGGGCAGGUCAUGUUACCACCAGGUGUCAAUGUUGGCAUGAGGGACCCCAGACAUACCAGAAGAAUUCCCUCUGGUGAUUUUGACAUGUAUGCAAAACCUCAGAGAGCAAUGCAGUCAAUGCCUCGCCAACGUACGCCUCACUUUAUUCAUGAGUCAAGAAUAACUGUACCUGACAGUUCAGAUGGAUACUAUGUCACAGUUUUUCCAAACCAAUCACAAAAUCCAAGGAGGCAGAACCGCAACACUUUUGGGGGGCGUGACUUUUAUCCAAGAAACUUUGAUCUUGAAGUUCCAGUGCGAAAUGAUCAAAAAGGAUCAACGUUCUUUUUCUCAAACCUCAUGUAGGUUUCAAACUAUUGAUGUUUAAAUAGUCAGGUUUAUUUAUUACAACUUAGUUGUUACAUGUUCUUGCAUGAUUCAUGCUUGUGUUUUUUGAAUGCAUCAUUUGCUGACACUGUUUUUUGUAACUAAAGCCAAUUCUGUCGUCCCUUAAAUAUUCUUACCUAGAAUAUAAAUCAGCAUUCUUGCCCUUGUUUAUAUAUGUAAAUUCACACAUUUUGUUUUUUUUGUAGUAUUAUCCACACAGUACUUGUUUGAAAAGUAUUAAAACAUUUAAGUUGUGUUAUAGCACCAAAAACUUCCCAAAUCCCUUAAUUUCCUGUCAAGUUUACUAAAUAAGGAAAAUCCCUGUAGGGAAUUAAAGUUGAGGAUUUUAGGGAACCUGACAAAUCAAUCAAAGCAUGCAUUUUGUUUACUUGUAUUUUAUCAAGUGGUUGUUAUAAUAUCCCCAGUUGUACAUAUGUUAAUAUUGUACUACAUGUCUAUACUUUGAAGUACUGACUAUAUAUUAUAUUCUUAGGGGAUGUAAAUAGCUUUCUUGCUUUGACAUAUUUGCAGUCUGAAGUACAUGAUAAAUGAUGUAAAAUUAAUUCAUAAACUAAAGUAUAUAAACUGACCAAGACCGUUUUAAGAGGGGGCCAGUAGGCUUUAUAAAUUGGUUGAAAUGAACACACCAUGUAUAAUUGUGUUAUUAUGUUGUAUGAAAAAAAGAAACGUAAAAAUAUAUCCAGUUAUUGCUUUCUAAAUCUUCACUUAUAAGAGAAGGUACAAGCUGUUUCAUCAUGUGCAAAUCCAAAAUAGUUAACUCAGAGAAUUCAAAAAAAUGAUAUUCAUUAUACAAAUAAAGUUGAUUCAUAA